UCGGUUACUCAUGGAAACCCAAAGGAAACGGUAUUUUUAUGGACAUCUGAGAGGGACAUGACUUGGUCAAGUCAAUAUUUAACAAUACGUAACAUUUCAAGGGAUGACGACAUGAAUUACAACUGCAGUGUUUACAACAUUAUGACACCAACUGGAAAAUCACCUGUUAAAGGAACAGAUAGUAAAAUGUGGCAUCUAUCUGUAGAAUACUCUGCGACAAUAAAGGAUUUUUACGUGAAUGGAUACAAAUCUGAGCGUAAUGUGACAGCAACUGAAUAUGACAACGUUACCUUUAUUUGCGACAUUGACAGUAAACCAAUUUCGAAUACGAGUCUACGAUUUACGACGGACAAAACUUUGGUUUGGACUCAUUCAAAUAUGCUGAGUUUUACCCUUAGCUCUGCCAAAUGUACAGAUUCUGGAACCUUUUUUUGUUUCGGCAAAAACAAACACAACAUCGGAGUCGGUUCAACAAAGCAACUGAAUUUAUUUAUAAGAUGUUCACCGAGAGCCAAUCCAACGGUUCCAUUCACUACAAACUUAACAUUAGCAAGUAAUGUAACUGCCGUCCUUCAUUUUCCUAUCCUUGCCUACCCUAAACCAGAAAGUGUUAUUUGGCAGAAAUAUUCAAUGUCUAAUUGGAUAAGUGUUACAUCAAACAGCAAUAUCAAUAUAUCAAAUAAUGAGUUAAAUAUAAGUCUAUCUAUAUACAAAAUGAUGGAGACAGACUUCGGGCGAUAUAGGCUUAUUAUUUCUAAUGAUGUUGGUUCAUACAAACAAGACUACUACAUCACCGCUGAAGUCAGACCGAAUCCUCCGACGGGCUUUCGUGUUCUCAAUAAAUUAACAACGGCUACGACUGCAACAGUACAGUGGUUUCCUUCAUUUAAUGGUGGACAACCCCAACAUUUUGUAUUGAACUACUCCAAAUCUCUACAGAAACAUUGGGUACAGGACGAAAUAGAAGACAUAGGGGAACCAGUACUAAUUUAUACGAUUAAUGGAUUGUCAAGCAAUUCUGUCUACUACAUCUUUUUAUAUUCCGUUAAUAUAUUAGGAUCAUCCAAGUUAUCUGCACGUCUUGAAAUCAAGACCAAAGAGGGGAUGCAUAUAGAUGGUAACACCAGUUUCGUUGGGACAACUAUAGGGAUUAGUAUCGGUGCUGUUCUGUUGUUGCUUGUACUAUUCAUUGGUAUAUACACAUUAAGAAGGUUUAAGCUGAGAUAUCAACACACAAGUAAAAACGUAUAUCAAAACACUAUUGGACCAUCAACACAAACGAUCAAUUCUGCAACUGAAUACGAGGGCAUUGAUCUUAAUACAGUUGGAGCAUAUAUAGAACCGAAAGACCCAAACAACACAGACACAAGUACAGACGCUCUUCCACAAAAUCCUUAUGAGAAACUUGAUUACAUCUUAAAAGACAGUAAUCAGUACAGUGAACUUAAACCAAUGGAUGAAAACCGUGAUGAUGUUUCCAGGAAUAGUUUUGUUGAUUCAGCUCCGGAGACCUUGCAAAAAGACUUUGAUAAAGCAAUAUAUAUGAAUAUGAAAAUAUGAGGACCAUAAUCUUUAUGAAAUCAAUACUGGUUAAUAGUUCUUAUGUUUGUAAUUGCCUUUAACUUUCAGCAUAAGUAUUGUAUAUGCUGUGUAAGAACUAGAUAGUGAUGUCUAUAAACGAUGUAUAAAAUAACAUAUAAUAUUAACAAACACUGAAAAUAAUCGUAUAAACGCUAAGUAAAACGUACUUUAAUGUUCUUAAAUUAUUGAAAUUUAUCACAUGUUUAUGCAGUAAAUUUUAUAUAUUUUAUGCCUUUCGAUUAAUUAUAUACCAAGUAUUACCAAAUGUUACUGUAAAAUUGCAUUUUAUAACUUAGAUUAUAUAAAUGUUAGAUUGUAAGAAACUUUGCAUUUUCAAUAUCUGUAAAUCAUGUAAAUAUUUGUCAGUUUUGUUAUCGUUUUUAACUUGUAGCAUAUAAUACAUUUCAUGCAUAUCUUGAAAUAUCAAUGUGUAUAUCAAUGUUUAUUUAAUCAAAAAUGUCCGCUAUGUUCUUUUGUAGUAUAUAUUUGAUUAUGCAAACAAAUACUGAACAAAUAGUAUAUAUCAAGUGUUUAUUUGUACUAAAUUAAAUGUAGACAAGGACAAGGUUCACUCGAUUGUUUACAUAAACCCUAUACAUUAUUACAGUUAAGGAAGUAUUAAUAAAAUAUCUGAAGGGUGUACAUCCCGAAAACUAUUAAGGGUAGUUUACAUCCUGAAGGAUUUAACAAGUUUACUAUACAUCCUGAAGAGUGAAACAAACAAUCUUUACACUGCAUUAUGACAUUGUCUUUCAAGCAGAUAAUUGCUAGCUUUCGACUAAAAGAGAAGGAGAUACGAAGUUUAAACACAUGAUUAUACGUGUUGUGUGACAUGCUGUCAAGUUAUAAAACUGUUUGUUUGUCUUUUGUUUGGCUAUGUAUGCCAAUGUUAUUACAAAUAGGCACCUGACAUGAGAUGUAAAAGUAAAUGUAAGACCUUAA